AUGACGCGCGUCGCGGGCGUGGGCGCGCGCGCGUGCGUUCGCGCGCGCGCACGGGCGCGCGGGGGCGGAGAGGCGCGGAGGGGGACGAAUUCGAGAAUGUUCGCGGCGGCGUCGUCGGGACGAGCGAAUGACGCUGUUUUCGUCGCGCACGGCGCGGUGGAGACCUCGCGCGCGCUCGCGGACGCGUGCGGGGGUGCGGUGAAACUCAUCGAGCGCGCGGAGGCGCUGGCGCGGACGAACGCGUCGGCGAGCCUGGAGGCGGCGCGCGCGCUCGCGGAGCACGCGGAGGUCGCGUCCGGCGGCGACGCGAAUAUUUCGACCCGGGCGCGAGAGAUCGAGCUCGAACACGGGCGUCGAGUGAUUUUAGACGCGUAUUACGCGGAGACGGCGCGCGCGGCGCGGAGACAGCGGAAUCGGAGCGCGGCGAAACCGAAAAAGCGCGCGCGCGACAGGGCAUGUCGCAAGCCGAAGGCGCGUCAAGGUUGGACCCGGCCCGAGAUGCGCGAGCGAAACGCUCGAACGUGCGUCGGAUGCGAGAAAAUAGAGGCGAAGGACGCGAUGUUUCGAAUCGUUCGGUGCUCCGUGACGUUGGACAAUGGGAAACAAACGACGACUGUGAAGUACGGAGCGGACGCCGACGGAGCGUGUGGACGAAGCGCGUACGUGUGCAAGACGAGGUGUUGCGUCGCGCGAGCGACGAAGAAUAAAUCGAUAAAUCGAGCGUUGAGGUGUAGCGUCGAUAAAGACGCGUACGACGCGCUCGCGAAGGCAGCGGCGGUGAUCGAGGACGACGCGGGCGUGGACACGAGCGGGUUGACGUUCGUUCGACCGGAAGGAACAGCGGCUCGUUGGAGCGCGCCGGGCGUGUGGCUGUAG